AUGGGAGACCCUACUCCCGUCGGUCAGGCCGUCCGGCACCGCUCCGCUUAUGCGCGCUCUUCGGGCCAUCUCUUGCCAAAGGAGGCCCAAGAGAAGGACAAAAAUUUCAAACAUCGGCCAGCUACAGCUGCGCCAGCAUUGCCUUUCAUCGGACUAGGACGGAAAACGCUGAGCGGUAACGGGGUCGGUGCGCAGGGGCGGGCAACCCGGAGACGCUCUCUUCGCCACUCGGCCAAACUGUGUUCCGUGAAGACAUUCGUGGACUUGUCGACGUACCCAGUCGGCAGAGUACAGAUUGGAGGGACUGCUCCCGAGCCUGGCCCUCUCCUCCUUCUCUUCCUCUUCUACUCGCGUUUGCACGAGCACCUGGUAAAUGACAGCUCGCAAUCUUCGAAGCGUAGGAUUUCCUUCUUCGCCAGUCCGUAUUCCGUAACGGAAGGCAAAUUCACGAUCCGAGACGCCAAAAAACUGGCGUUCGAUCUGCUGCUCCACAAACCUCCGUUCGCACUUUCCACGCGCCACGUCGAGGAGGUCUGGGCCGCAGUCGCACCCCGAGAGGCGCGCCUCCACCAUGACCCGUUCUUAGCGGCGCUGAAUCUAGGCGAGUUCAUUGCUUUCUUUGCUGGACUGGGAGUCCUUGCAGUGUCGCGGGUCUCUAUCCCGGGAGUUACCUCGUACUUUGGCAGACUGCGCCUCUUCAUGCGCCGGUUCGCCAGCGCCAAGGAGGUGAAGAACCUGCUGUUUAAUGCGUAUCGAGACACGCACAUCCCCGCUCUUGCCAAGUACCCGCUGAAUACGAAAACCGAGCUGCCUACGCGCGACCUCCUGCUCGCCCUCCCUCAAGGAGAUGUGCGCGCGCUCCCAAGUGUGUGUCCAGAUCCUGUCGCGUAUAGGUGGCUUCUCGAGAAGUUUGUUUUCUCGCGUGCCAAGCCUGUGUGGCACAGGUUUCCGGGCGCGUUCUUGGACAUGGGGAUUCACCGGCAUAUUCCUUCAUCGGAGCACGAGAAACAACGGCCGCCCCAGCAACAUGUGGACGCAGUUGUGCGCAGCACACAGCAUCGCUUUGGUGUGCAGAUCCGCAAUCUCAGUCACUCUCCUGUGUCCGUUCACGUGCAUCUGCGUGAUCUUGACCCAGUAGAACUCACGAUAAAGCCAAAGACGGUCCUAGUUCCUGGGCAAAAAGUGCUGGUGACGGUGACUGCGGAUUCCAGGCACUCGCCAGGAGAGUGGUUUGGACUUCUUGUUUUGCGAUUCGUGACUGGAAAGGGAUGGCAGCAGCGUGUAAAAAUCCCGGUGUACGUGAGAAUCGCUGACGACAAUGUCCUGGCUUGGGGCGAUACCGGCCCCGUACCCCUGUUCUCAGCCAGCGAACCACUUGCAGCUCUCGGCGCGCGUCGGCACGUGGCCUUCGCCUCCCUCAGCGGGGUACAAAGCCGGCUUUCUCGCUCCUGGCGAGACGCAAAGAGUGGCGUAGCGUCUGCCGGAGGCGCAAAGUGCACCUGGGCGAACGGAGCGACAGAUGGUGAAACGCAACCUGCUGGGAGACCCUCCCGGAGGAGCUGGACAGUCGAAGGAAAGGCAUGUUGUCGGCCAGGCUCCGCUCGAAGAGAGAGCCCCAUUCGCGAAAGCGGCAGGAGCGCGAGUGGCGCCUACAAACGAAGGGACGCACGCGCGAGCUCCAGCGGAAGCGACUCAGACGCUCCCGAUAGGCCGCGCGCAGCAGAUCCGCCCCCCAGAAGCCGUGUCUCUGCACGGGAGCUACCGGCGCGACAACGUGCGACUCUGGAACGGGAACAAUAUCUCCAGCAGUUGCGAAGUGCUCUGCCGGAAGCGGUUUCACGACAGCAGGGAGCUCAUCCACCCACUUCGGAGCAGGCUCAAGACGGUCCGCAGGUCUUCCGGAAAUCGCGGCGCGAAUUUGUGACACAGAAAAACGUUGCGCGAGCGCCCGACAAGCGGGCACACACACACUGCCACGGGCACCGCAAACGGCAAAGUUCGCAGGACGUAGGCGUCAGGAGUGCGAACGGCAACUGCCGAACAGCUGACAGAGCUCCGUUUCCCCUUCAGCGACCGCAGAGAAAGCGCCUCGCCGCUCAAGACAGGGAAUCCCCCUCCGCCCCGUGGCCCGAACCCCUGGACAGCCCAGAGACUGUGUCUGUGGACUCCCGUGGUGAUUGCGCCCAUCGGGGUAGCCGGCAAAGCACCUGGGAGCAGAGCGAAAGUGAUGUUUGCGGCGGAGCGCGGCCGCCGAAACGGCCGCUGGCACCGCGCGAAGUUUCCGACAAGAGUUCUGCGUCAUCAACUGCAUCCGUCCCCGCUACUUCAAGCGGCGGGUCAUCUUCAACAGUUGGAUCGCCCGUGGCGUCAGAGCGCGGCCUUCAGGCGCUCGCCGGAAGACAGGUCGGGGGCGCCGGCAGAGACGCAACGCUUCGACGAGACGCGUGCCGAGCACGUGUCUCACGCAGUGGCGAGGGUGGUAGGCGCUUGACUCUGAGUCCUCGCAACACGAGUCGCCAAUACCAAGGAGCGGCACUCAUCCUUCAGACUCUCCAAGGCAACGGCACGCGCCGAGCCUCGGCCAGUUCGAGCAACAUAGCCGCCGAACGACGCGGAAGAAAAACUGUAGACACUCAGCGCAGACAAAACCCCCAUAGCCACGGCUCGCUAGAUGUGCAUGAACUCCUUCGGGGAUCCGCGAUCGUGGCGCAUCCUCGCGACUACGAGCAGAAGGGGACCUCCGACAAUAUUGGGAUGCAGUGCUACCGUCUGACACGAGCUGUUACUCUCGCUGCCUCCAUUUUGCCACCGAGGCGUCAUUACACUCCCCAGCACCUCCUCCGGGCACGUUUGCCGGCUGUUCAGCAUCAUCUCGCGCCUGGUGGUCCGAACUCCGACCUGGUCGCUCCGUCUAUACGGCGGGCACUUUCUGCAAUAAAGGGUGUGACGGCUUCGACGCUGAAAACGUCACCUGGUCUCGAGAAUGAGGACUUCUCACCGUCUUCUGAACUCCUUCCGCAGUCGGAUGAAUAA